GCAGCUAUCCCUCUGCGGAGAGUUUGAGGACGCUCUUUGGACUGUUUGGAGAGGAGAGACGCGCGUCUGCGGGUGUUUGAGCAGGGCCAAGACAGAUAACUGUGAAGAUCGGCAGCCAGCAUGAAUAAUGGAUCGAACCGAACUGUUGACCCGAGCUGCACGGACAGACCUCCUCUCGCUAUCGACAUCAUCCUCAAGUUGGACAUUUUUGGCAUCAUCCUGUACUCUGUGCUCACCUUCAUGGCGGCAGUGUCCAUGCUGGUCUUCCUGGAGGAGUGUGCCUACAUCUAUAAGAAAGUGCCGGCCAAUAAGAAGAGCGUAAUCAUCUGGGUGAAUGGGGCGGCACCGGUGAUUGGCACCAUGUCGUGUCUGGGGAUGUGGAUCCCCAGAGCCACCAUGUUUACUGAUAUGACCUCCGCCUGCUACUUUGCCGUGGUGGUGUUCAAGUUCCUGAUCCUGAUGCUGGAGGAGGUGGGUGGCGACGAGGCCUUCCUGAGGCGAGCUGGGAAACAUAAGCUGAGGAUCAGCACGGGGCCGUGCUGCUGCUGCUGCCCCUGCCUGCCAUAUGUUGCCAUCACAAGGCGCACUCUCUUCCUGCUCAAACUUGGCUCCUUCCAGUUUGCUGUCCUGAAGAUUGUCUUCACCGUCCUUUCCAUUGUCCUCUACACCAAUGGGACCUUUAAUCUGGCUGAUUUGAGCAUUACCGGAGCUGCCAUAUGGAUCAACCCGUUUGUGGGCAUCUUGACCAUCAUAGCCCUGUGGCCUGUAGCCAUCAUGUUCAUGCACCUGAGGGUUACCCUGCAGUCACUCAAGAUCAUCCCCAAGUACGCCAUGUACCAGCUGGUGCUGAUCCUGAGUCAGCUGCAAACAGCCAUCAUCAACAUCUUGGCUUUAAACGGAACCAUCGCCUGCACCCCGCCCUUCUCCGCCCCGGCCAGAGGAUACAUGAUGAGUCAGCAGCUUUUGAUCCUGGAGAUGUUCAUCAUCACGCUGGUAACACGCCUGCUGUAUCGCCGACAGUACGAUCCUUUACCCGAAGAAGAAUACGACGACAACGAAAACACCAAGAUGGCUGCCAUACCCGGCUCUGCAUGAGAGCUCUGAAUGUGUGCGUGAGCGAUUUGCACUCUCUCCGUAACCGUUUGAUGGACGGGGCACAACAACCACACAGAUCCAGAGAGAUCCAGCACUAGAGACCUAGAGACUGGCUUGUUCCCGCUGUGUCCUUUAAGUUCAGGGAAAAUAGAGAAAACGUUUGGGGACACUUGAGCAUAGUGUUAAGGAAACUGCUCAGUGUAAACCCAAGAAAACAUUGUUUAUUAUUCAUUUAUUUUUCCAAAUUUUGUUUUCCAUGCUUUGUGAAUUGUAUGUUAAUUUUGCACAACUGCAUUUUCAGUCGACCUGCUGUGUGCACUGACAAAAAGACUAUCAAGUAUCAGCUGAGGUACCAAAUUUCACUUUCCUUCGCCUUUUUGAAUUUACAGUUGCAUAUUAGUUUAAUUCUAGGCCUUUCCAAAAUAUUAAUAAUAAUCGUAAUAAUGGAGCCCCAAAUGUAAGGUGGCCCCAUUUAUUUAUAUCUGCUGUCUUUUGUUAGGCAUUAUUGCAUAAAAGCUAUAUUUUUAUCUA